AUGCCACCGAAACCCAGAGACACCGACAUUGUCGCGAGUUUCAACGGGCAAUGGAUAUCGUGGUUGCACACCAUUGCAGCAUACACUGCGUUCGUAGGCGCACUCGUCGUCGGCCUGUCCCUCCAUUACCACAAAAUCGUACAGAAUGAAUUCUACGGUUAUCCACAAGAAUGGUUUCCAUCCGUUUCGUCAACUAUUGGAGACCGCUACCCAGAACGAUCGGUUUUCCAACUUUUCAUUGCCUUGACUUCAGGUCCGCGAUUCGCCCUCGUAGGGCUGUGGUAUGUUCUCACGCGCCGACCGAACUCGACCCUCCCGAAAUUCAUACUCGGAGUCGGCAUCUUCCGGACUUUGACAUGCGGAGGAUGGACAUACAUCACGUCGACCGAUGAUCAUGACUGGCACGAUGUCUUCAUGAUCUCAUACCUGGUCUCUACCAUUCCGUGGACGUUCGGUGUGAUUGCGCUUAGCCCCAAGAACCCGGUAUCCGUCCAAUACCGCAAGUACUUCUCCGGUACUUUCUACGCCACUAUACUACCUCUCAUUUACUUCUUCAUUCAGCACAAGGUGCACCACGUAGCUGGAGCCUACACGAUAUAUUCUUUCUUCGAGUGGGCGCUCGUGCUCCUCGAUGUCGGGUUUGACGCUGUUACUGUGAUUGAGUUCCAGAACUUCGAGGUUCAAGUCAGAGAUCUGAAAGGCAUUAGCCGCGGUGCUGGCAACAAAGCCAUCGGCGACGCUGUCCUCGAGAAGGAGAACAAUAGAGAGGCUCGUGCGGUCUUUGACAACCGCUUUUCCUGGUUUGCCCUGUUCGAUGCUGCAGCCGAUGUGUACACCGGGUUCGUUUUCUGGUCCAUGCUCACUUCUCUUGGACUAUGCGUGUGGUACUUCCCGCUGUGGCACAUGGGCAUCUCUGGGUACGAGGUCUUGGUAAUGUGCACAGUUUCUCCCUUCCUCCUGGGUAUCAGGCCUUUGCGCUACAUUUUCACCCGACAUGUGCGCAUCUGCCACUUACUCUCACUCUCAGGCCUUCUUGCCUAUCUCAUCAAAGACCCUGCGAAUCGCCUCUUUGCAGUCGGCUUCGGUGUUUGGAUGUCUUGUCUAUCAUGGGCUGCUACCUUCUACGGAGAGAGGUCUCAACCGCAUCGUCUUGAGGCACGCAUUACCGCUUUUGCUUCAGGCUUGAUCCUGUCCAGUCUCGCCAAAUUCGCAUUCCAUACUAACAAUCCCAUCUGGCCUGUCAUGCAUGGACCGAACGGCGGUUGGAACAAGGUCGGUUUGGCUCUGGCUAUCGUAGCAGUGAUUAGGUCUACCCGUUCUACUGCAAGCUCUGGCGCUGACCUUCAGGCUCCUGGUCCUACCAAGGGCUCUGCAACAUUGACAGCAUUUGGUCUUGCCGGCCUCUUCUUCAGCAUGCACUCCCUCCUUUCUGACUCUAGCACUAUGAUUCUCUGGGUCUGGGAAGGCUAUCCUGUCCGUGGUCCGCUUGCAGUGCCCCACGGCGCCUGGACUCUACUCGCCAUGGGCUUUGGUCUCAUCAUCGGCCUCUUCACACCAGCUCUCGCGCGUUCGUGGGUCUUCUAUGGCAUCGGUUCGGUCGGUGCUGCCAUCCUAACCACCUCCAAGCAUUGGACCGGCUACUACGGUGCACUCUCCCUCACGGUCUAUACCAUGGCCGCAGUGCCCGUCCUGAUAGGCCACGCAGCACGCCACUCUCCUGCAAAGACCUUCGGUAUCGGCUUCCUCGUCUACAAUUUACUCGUUCUAGCACACGUUUGGAUCGUCGCCUAUGCCUUCGUCCCCGGCGGACCCCUCAUGCGCGAACACACCGACUGGGUUAUGACCGCGAUGAUGCUCUGCAUCGGCGCCGGCGUCUUCAGCGCCUCCGCCCAGCCUUCCCCCCCUAAGGCGAAGGGUAAGCCCACGGCGCCUAAUCCCGCAGCCCGAACGCAACGCGCAUACUAUCUCUACGUUCUCCUUUUCCUUGAGUUGCUCGCUAUCUCCGUGGCGUACCUGCGCUUCCCAAGCUACAACUACACGUCCUACCACCCGGAAACGAAGAGCAUUACAGCCGGUAUCUGGACCAUCCACUUCAGCCUCGACAAUGACAUGUGGAGCUCGGAGCGCCGCAUGCGCGACGUGAUUCAGGAGCUCGAAAUCGACGUCAUGGGCCUUCUGGAAAGCGAUCUCCAGCGCAUUAUCAUGGGUAACCGCGACACGACGCAGUUCCUCGCCGAGGACCUGGGCAUGUACGUUGAUUUCGGACCCGGACCGAACAAGCACACCUGGGGUUCCGCCCUCUUGUCCAAGUUCCCAAUCGUGAACUCCACGCACCACCUCCUCCCCUCGCCGGUCGGCGAACUCGCGCCCGCGAUCGAAGCCACCAUCGAUGCGUAUGGCGAACUCAUCGACAUCUUCGUGUUCCACUCGGGCCAAGAAGAGGAUCCUGAGGAUAGGAGGCUACAGAGCUUGUAUCUCGCCGAGCGCAUGAAGGCUACGCCGCGUCCGGCGAUUCUACUAUCCUACCUUGUUACGAAGCCGCUGCAGGGGAAUUACAACACCUAUGUGGGUGAGAAGAGUGACAUGAAGGAUAUCGAUCCUAGCGAUUGGGAUAGGUGGUGUGAGUACAUCCUAUACAAGGGCCUGAGGAGGACGGGGUAUGCGAGGGUGAGCAGGAGCACGAUUACGGAUACGGAGAUUCAGGUUGGCAAGUUUGUUGUAGGACAGCCGGAGGGAUCCAACGAUAUCAUUCCUGAGGACCAGGUUCCGCAGGGACUUAGGUUUCCGGCAUUGUUCAGGGGUCAGGGUGUGAGGGGCCACCGGUAUCAUGUUUUCGAUGAGCCGAGGUACUACGCGUAA